AUGUUGCGAACUAUUCUUCUUGCACUUGGCGCCCAAUCUGCGCUGGCGUCUCAGAUAGUGCUAUCUGGACCUGAGCUGUUAUCUCCUGCCAGGGGCAACGUGAAAUAUACACUUCCGACGGAACGGACGUUUCUUCUCAAUGUCCCUGAUACUUACGAUCACCAAGAGUUGCACCCUCUCGUGCUUUCAUUCCACGGAGCUGGUGGAUUUAGCGAAAAGCAGCAACGAAUCACGGAGCUAUCGGAUCCGACGUUGCGCAUUGCCGGAAAGCCAUUCCUGACGGCAUAUGCCCAGGGCGUUAAUAACACGGACUAUCCCAUGAAGCACAUUUGGAAGGGAGCUCCGUAUGAAAACGCCACGGUUGACGAUAUUGCCUAUGUCUACGACAUCGUCGAAACAAUCUCGGCGACUUACAAUAUCGAUCGCAAGAGAAUCUAUGCAUGCGGAAAAUCCAACGGUGGCGGCUUCACUGCUCUGUUGGCUUGCAGGCCAGAUACGACCAGCUUGAUUGCUGCCUUUGCGCCCGUCUCUCCGGCCCUAUAUCAAGGAACAUUUUCAUUCCACAACUGCACACCCUCUCGCCCAGUACCCAUUUACCACGCGCAUGGUGUUGAGGACACCAUUACUCCGUUCUUUGGCCGCACUCCCGAGGGAGGCUCUUUUGGACCGGAGCCCGACGUCAGGCUGUGGAGACGCCAGUGGGCAGAACGCAAUGGCUGCAAGGGUACAUACCACGGUCAGUGGCCAGAGCCAAAAGUAUUGGAGAUCUACGAAGGUGUCUUCGAGGAAGUCUGGGACUGCCCUGGCGCUGAAGUCAGAGCCCUGACCAUCGAAGGCUUGGGACACGCCUGGCCAAGCACACUCGGUCUGGACUUGGCUGGUCGCCCAAACCAUACCGCCAACUUCAACUUCACAAGCCCUCACCUCAUAGACUUCUUCUCCCGGAACAGUCUUCCGUGA